AUGGCAGAUAUUUUAGCAGAAAUUAAGAAACGUUUGACCUCCGAAGAUGAGGCUUCGCGAAAACUCUUCCAACGUGAUUUAUACGAAGCUAUUGCCUCUACUGAGACACCUAAAGAGACUGCAAUCCGUUUAUCUCUUUACCCUUUGCAGGCCGCCGCAGCUCGGAUCGGUCAUGACUUGAGGAUUUUUCAGACAUUAGACGCCGAGGGUCCACAGACUUUGAGAGAACUGCAGGCUCGGACCGGUGCUCAUCCUCUAACCCUUGGCCGUCUGUUGAGAUACAUGGCCUCGGUCGGAUUGAUCCAUCAAAUUGCGGCAGAUAAGUUCGAAGCAAACAGUAAAUGUCGCCACCUUGCAGCUCCAGAGGCUGUCACAAUUGUAACGCAUUUCUUCGAGAACUGCGGUCCUCUUUUCCAGGAGAUGCCAGCAUUUUUACGAAAGAACAAUUACCAAGAUGUAACAGAUGGUAAAGCUACCGUCUUCCAACCUGCAUACAAUACCGAGCUCGAUACCUACACAUACUUUUCUCAGCACCCCGAGAAUUUGAAGGCUCUCAUAAAGUACAUGGGUCUAGAGCAGGGUGUGCGAGGUCGUUGGCUGAAGGAAUAUCCAUUCGAAAAGCAGACCCAAGACUGGAAUCCAAGCCUCGAGGAAGCGCUCUUUGUUGAUAUCGGUGGUAAUGUGGGACAUUACUGUGCGUUGUUUAAAAACAGAUUCCCUGACAUUCCAGGUCGUAUCUUGUUAGAAGAUUUGCCUGACACUUUGACUCAUGCUCUACCGACGCCGGGAGUCGAGAAGCUGGGACAUGACUUUUUUCAGCCACAACCGAUCAAAGGUGCCAAAUUCUAUCAUUUAGGCUGGGUCCUCCACAAUUGGAGCGACGAGAAAGCAAAGGUCAUUUUGCGCCAAAUAAGAUCGGCCAUGACGCCAUCAUCUGUGUUGCUCAUAAAUGAUAUGAUACUUCCAGAAACGGGAAUUUCGCCAUUUGCAACUGCGUUGGACUUGAUUAUGCUUGGUGCAUGUGGAAGCUUAGAACGAACUGGAGAGCAAUGGAAAGUACUGCUCGGAGAGGUCGGCCUAGAAAUUAAGGCUGCCACUGUAUAUGAUUCUGAAUCCUUCCAUGGGAUGAUCUCUGCUACUCUAGCAUAG